UUGCCGAAUUGAUAACUGAGGACCUCGAUUUCAUCAUUAUUUCACCCUGGAAAAUUGCGUUUGCCACCUGCGGCUUACCCCUACUUUAGUCAGCGAAAAUUUCUUUUGGUGGCGAAUUCAUCAACACUUUGUUUUAUCUUGCUUCCCGCCAUUUGCUAUAUAAACCCAGUAUUCACCACACGCAAUUCAUACAGUAUAGUCCAUUAUUUACAAUGCCCCAACUAAUUGACACCCAUUUGCAGCCACACACAUCCCGCCCCUCGGCGUCGCACUUUACCUGCAACACGUGUGGGAUCCAGUUUCCGCUUGCUGUGUUGCAGAGACAGCACAUGAAGACGGACUGGCACCGCUACAACCUCAAGAGGCGAGUGGCGCAGCUCGAACCGCUUACGUCGGAGGUGUUUGCAGGCAAGGUUUUGGCGCAGAAGGCACACGAGAAUCUUUUGCCGGAGGUCGAAGACGAGUACGGCUUUGUGGUACACAACAAGAUCGCGUCCAGCGCCAGACAGGUGACGAAGAAGGACAUGCGCAAGCAGGAGAAGAUACAGAAACUGGCUAGAGGGCGAGCUGUGGCCGCCACGGUAGCCAGAGAAGCCUCCCCCGCCAGUGUGUACUCCGCCUUCAGCUUAGGCGGCUCAACCACCGGGGAGGACGAUACCGGGUCUGAAUUGAACUUCACAACGACCGAAGACGAGAUCAGCAGUGCAGAAGAAGAGAGCGAAGAGGAGACUGCUGAAGAGGAUGAGAUGAUUGAGAUCUCAGAGUGCUUGUUCUGUGGAACGAUUCACGCCUCGGUGGAAGAUUCCGCCGAUCACAUGUUCCAAAAGCACGGACUCUAUAUUCCGCACAGAGACAAGCUUGUAGACUUGUCGGGUUUGAUCCAGCACUUGAUUGAUUACAUCGUGGAUAACGACAACCGGUGCUUGAACUGCUCGUUCGCAGGGAGAAACUUGGAGAGUACCAGACAGCACAUGCUUUCGAAGGCACACUGUCGGUUGCGGUAUGAAACAAAGGAGGAUAAGAUGGAGGUUGAGCAGUUCUACAGGUUUGAGGCUUCGCCGCUAUCUGGCCUGGAUGUGGAGAUGGACGACGACGUGGACUCACAGUACCAGACUGUAGAGGUGGAUGCUUCCGGGGUUGAAUUGGUCUUGCCCACCGGAAGCCGUAUUGGUCACCGAUCGAUGAAUCGGUACUACCGCCAGCGGAUCACCGAGGUGGUUCGCAGAGAAGAUGACAGCACCGUGGCUGUGGCUGACGGCAGAUACAAUGGGGCCGGGCUUGUGGGUCAGGUUGUCUCGAAAGAGGAGAAGCUGGCACGCUUGACCGAGCUCAAGCACCAGCAAAAAAUUGAAAUUGCCGUCAAGUACAAGGCCGGGAAGAAAAAUAGAGGGAACUUCCAGAAGCACUUUAGAGAUGAGAUCUUGCAAUAGUGAGAGGCUCGGGAUCAAACUGGGUCUGGAGUUGUGCAUUUAUACGAGUUAUGAUCAAGCA